AUGGCUCAAUUGGUUCCGUUGCCGGAGGUGGAGAGGCUCAGUGCCUCAGUUGUGCGGAUACUCGGCGGGAAUCCUGGAAAGUUUACACUACAAGGGACCAAUACAUAUCUGGUCGGUCAAGGGCCGCGGCGCAUACUUAUCGACACCGGCGAAGGCAAGCCAUCUUGGGCCAAUAAUCUCAAGAAGGUUCUGGCAGACGAGAAUGCCACGAUACAUCAAGCCCUUGUAACACAUUGGCAUCAUGACCACGUCGGCGGCAUCUCGGAUGUGCUUGGAUUAUGUCCUGGUGCGACAAUUUACAAACAUCAGCCCGCCGAGGGACAGACAAGUAUUGAGGACGGGCAGGUUUUCAAGGUUGAUGGGGCAACGCUCAAAGCGUUCCAUACACCGGGUCAUACAGUUGACCAUAUGAUGCUUGUGCUUGAGGAAGAAGAUGCUGUUUUCACGGGUGACAAUGUCUUGGGCCAUGGGACGGCGGUAUUUGAGGAUUUGAAGGCCUAUCUUGACAGUUUGCAGCGAAUGCAGGAUCGUGUCUCAGGUCGAGGGUAUCCGGGACACGGAGCGGUGAUUGAGAGCGCUACGGCGAAGAUUGGAGAAUAUAUCCGUCACCGACAACAGCGCGAAGACGAAAUCAUCCGGGUCCUUCGUUACGGGAAACUGGAUGUGGGAGAAGGUGAACGCUCACCUGAGCGAAAAUUAUCUUGGACACCGUUGGAGAUAGUGAAGAUCAUUUACCACAAUGUUCCGGAAAAUCUCCAUCUUCCUGCCGCCAAUGGUGUUAUACAGGUGCUGAACAAGCUGGAAGAUGAGGGAAAGGUAAUCCACGAUGCGGAUUCGGGCCGGUGGACCCUCAAUGUUGGAAAGCCAGCCUUAUGA